CACGCACGGUAGGACAUAGGCGAUUGUAUUAAAAAUGGUCAGAUUACUCCCCAUUUUCCUCCUCUUUGCAGCCUUCCUUGUAACCUCCAUCGCCAGAUCUAUCACUCCAACACAGCCCCAUUUUCUCAGAUCCUUCAAGAUCAAAACUAACAAGACUGCAAGUAGCUGUCCGUACACGGUGAUCAUCAAAACGAGCUGUUCCUCAACAUCAUACACCAGAGACAAAGUUAGUCUCGCAUUUGGUGACUCUUAUGGCAAAGAGGUCUAUGCACCAAGACUGGACGAUCCGUAUUCCAGGACGUUCGAGAGAUGUUCUACAGAUACGUUUCAGAUACGAGGGCCCUGCGCGUACGAGAUCUGUUAUCUGUACAUGUUGAGGAGUGGAUCGGACGGUUGGAAGCCAGAGAGUGUAAAGAUCUACGGUCCAAAUUCUAGGGCUGUUACUUUUUACUAUAAUACGUUUCUACCCAACGGUGUGUGGUUUGGGUUCAAUCAUUGUAACACUGUGUCAUUAUCUGCAGUUAUGUGGGAGAAGACAAUAUGAGUGAGUCCUAUAUUAAUGCUUAAAUGAUGGACUUUUUUGUUUUUAUUUUUUAUUUUCUUAAAGAAGGGAUUUUUGUCCAUGCAAAUAAGACCUUUUUAUUUUAUUUUAUUUUAUUUUUUCAUUUGAUGGCAAUAUAAGAAUAAUAAGAUAGGCUCAUUGCUUUUUCAUUCCAGGCAAAUAAGAAAUCAUUUCAUUUGUGCAAUUAUAAGAUAGGCUCACAAUAUAUCUACUUAUUUGUAGACUUUUUAUUUGCAUCGGACAUUAUUUAUUGGAAGCCAGUCAAAAGGAAACAACCUUUAU